AUGUCUAACAAAGCCAUCACUACCAAAGCAUUGUUUGCCGAAAUCUCCUCGGUCAAGAGCUUCAUAUCAAGAAUUGAUGAAGUAAACGAGGAGGUCGACGCUGAUCUGCAAGAGCUGAAGACAGUCGCCAUCCAGCUGCAAGAGAAAGUCGACACAAUCCAAGUAACAGUGGAUCGAAUCCUUGAACACCUUCAGCAAGGAGAUAGGCAGGAGCCUACUGAACAAGAAGCAAGAGACGUCAAUACCACAAGACGAACACUUGUCCGCCCGUUCGUUGUGGUGAACAACCGUCGCCAGGCUCAAGAUUUGAGCACAGACGUUUUGAGGCAAUUCAUUGCCUUACACUUUUUUGCCGUUUACGAAGAAGAGCUGUGCGGCAACGCCAUGACGAACGUAAUGCUCGAAACGACGAUGAUCAUACAAGAGAUCAUCACCGAGGAGGGCAUUUCUCUUGCAACGGCAUGGAGCUCAAUUGACCCUAGCAUACAAAAAAAGUAUGCUUUGAUGCUAGAGGUCAAUUGCAAAGCAUUUGAUGUUCACUUUGACAAAUGCGUCAAUUCGUGGGCAACGAGGUGGUUGUUGCAGUACAAAUGGGGCAACAAGCACCAAUACCACAAACGCAUAAGUCUGGAAAAGACCGACGACGAGUCAUCCAGCAGCGGUGGUAAUGACGGCGAGGAGAUCGAAGAGGAAGACAACACUCGUCCCAGAGUGUACAAAAGAAGACGAGCAGAAUUGUAG